UUACGUGUUGUCUCCUUCGGGGGUUGCUCGGAUAUCCGAAGUUCGAGCUGAUCCGUGGGAUUCCGCCUCCUCUGUUGAAGCUGUUCCUGUGAAGGUUGUGCUUCCUGAGUUGAAGACAACUUCGGACCCGGAUCAACGCAAAAGGAAGGGUAGCACUCUUUUGAGGCCUUCCACGCAUCCGAAGAAAGCGAAGGCUUCUCAGCCCUCGGAGAAGGAAGCGGUUUCGGAAGUUAUGCCUCCUCCUAAGAAUCUUCUUCACUUCAUGCCCUUGCCGGGGCAGAAGUUAAAGAGUGUGGUGGUUGCUGAACCGCCGCCCGUGGAUCAGCCGCUGAUCGAGGAAGAUAUCAUCCCCUCUCCCCUGAAACCAUCUGCUGCUUCGGGGAUCGAAAUCCAGGAUAUCACCGAGGUGAUGGAGGCGAUUGAAGCCGAUUUUGUUCCUGGUUUGGUUGUCCCUGAGGUAGCUGAGGAGAAGGAGUCUGCUGAUCUUCCCUUCGAGAGAGAGAAGAGUCCAGACAAGGAGAUGAUAGAUCUCUCGGGCCCCGAAGCUGCGGUCCCCGAGGUUCAGAAGGAGGUUCCCUCUGCUGGAGAGGAGGAGCAGCCCGAGCAAGGUUUGACGAGGAAGAGGCGCCACUCAACUUUGGGCUCUACUUCUACCUCGGCCCUGGAUAGGCUGAUCCAUGCUGAUCCCUGUUCGGAUGUUCCGCUAAAACGGAUCCCCGAAGAAGUAAGGGAGACGAUGGCUCGAUAUGCUAGGGCUCCGAUUUUGGGAGAGGACCCCUUGGCCCACGUGGGAUCCUUGAAGGCUGGGCAACUCCUCUCCGAGCUUACGGAACUCAAGCAGCUGUACCUUCGUUAUAGUCGCGAGGCUAGAGAGUCUGCUGAGAAGAUCGGGACCGAGGAGAUGAAGUCUAAAUUUGAAGCGGCCGACAAGGAGCAUAAAGAGGCGGAGUUAAGGCUCCACCAUUUUGUCCAGCAUCGGGAGCUGAUCCAGCAGCAAGCUGAUAAGGUGCCUGUCCUUCGGCUGAAGCUUCGGGAAAAGGAUGACUAUAUUCGGAAGCUGGAGCAGGAGCGAGCUCGGGCCCAGAAGGCCACUUCCGAGGGUGAUACUACUGCUGGGGGUUCUUCGAAGGAUGCUCCCCUGGGGGCCGCUCCUGAGACUCCUAAGAGUUAG